AGGCAUCCUUCGAUCGACCAACGUCUCUUUUGCCCUUCUCUUCCUCUUUUUCUUCAACAGCCAUCCUAUGCUAUCCGUCUCCAUUGAACAUCGUUGGCUUUCAUUACUCUUCUCUCUUCUACUACUCUAUCCAUGUGGUAUUGCUUUUAAUGUUUCCCCCCCUUCCUAAGUUAAUCUUUAUGCUUAUUGACCUAAAAUCGCCAAAGUGGCUUCAUCUUCGUCUUUCUCUUACACUCCAUCCAUCUGUCCACACCAUUCCAACCUUCUGUUGAUCUAUUUGAAGCUCGUCAACUAGGAAAAAUAUUCAAAAGACCUCGGUUCCUCAAACUGAAGUCUGACUUCUUGAAUCAAACUAUUGGUUGAGUGAAAAUUGGGACAAGAGUUCGAAACCCUAGUUGACCCUUUUGAGCUGUGAGUUUUGUUUUUUGUUUUUUGCUUUGGUGGUUGUACAUAAAGAAAAUUGGAGAAGCUUCGCCCUAGAUUUCCUCAGAAAUUUCCAUGGAUGCCAAGGACAUCCUAGGUUUGCCCAAAACUUCCUUGCCAAUUCAAGAGAAAAGGUCUCGGCCCCAAAAAGAUUCACAGAGAAAACCAGAUGGCAUUUCACGGGAGGUAUAUGCGCUCACGGGUGGUUUGGCGCCUCUUAUGCCUGCAAUUGAUUUAUCUCAAUUAAAGAAAAGGCCUCCAUCUGACGAGAAGAUCACUUGGCAGUGGCUUCCUUUCACCAAUUCUGCCCGUAAAGAUAAUCUUCAACUUUACCAUUGGGUCCGAGUUGUAAAUGGUGUUCCACCAACUGGGGACUAUUCUUUUGCCAAGUAUAACAAGUCUGUAGACAUCAUCAAAUACACAGAUGAGGAGUAUGAGAAGCAUCUGACAGAUCCAAUGUGGACCAAGGAAGAGACAGAUCAACUGUUUGACUUGUGUGAGAGGUUUGAUCUUCGGUUUGUUGUAAUAGCUGACAGGUUCCCAUCAUCGCGAACUGUAGAGGAGUUGAAAGACCGAUAUUAUAAUGUAUCUCGGACUCUAUUAAUUGCUAGGGCUCCAUCUUUUGGGGAUGUUGCAAUGCAUCCUAUAGUUAAGGAACCAUACAAUGUUUCACAAGAGGUAGAGCGGAAACGAGCACUGUCCAUGUACCUCUCUCAGACAAAGCAACAAGAGCGAAAAGAUCAAGAGGUUCUUGCUGAGGCAAAAAGAAUAACUGAAUCACGCAUGCCUGCUAAGGUUGCUGAAGAGUCUGAGGUUGCUGCUGCAUCAAAUGCUGGUGUGGAGGCUACGGAGAAGGCUAUCUCUGGUGAUCUUCCAUCAGGUGUUCAGCUUCCAUCGACAGUCGUUCCAUCCACAUCAACAGCAGAUAAUGCGUCCACUCUUGCUUCCCUUCGCAUGCUUCGUGUGUAUUUGAGAACAUAUGCGCUUGAGCAAAUGGUCCAAGCUGCAAGCUCAUCUGCUGGACUACGGACCAUUAAACGGGUGGAACAAACACUGCAAGAACUUGGGGUUAAUUUAAAACCAAGGGUUCCAACGAAAGCUGUUUGUGCAGAACAUCUUGAAUUAAGAAAAGAAAUACUAACUCUGCUCAAUCUUCAGAAGCAGCUGCAGUAUAAGGAGGCAGAAGGUCGUGAUGGUUCAUACGCUGAAACACCUGGCACACCGAAGGAUAGGACAUUUAUUCCAGAUUCUAUGAGUUUUGGAGGUGAGAGGGUUGGUAAAAGGGACCAGAAACGCAAGGCGCCUGGGCGGAUAUCAGAAGCUCCAUCAUCACCGGCUCAGUCUAAAAGGCCUAGAAAACUGAAGGCCUCUGAUCUAUAGUCAAGUGGUGUAAUGGGAGAAUAGAUUGAGUGUUAGCGGGCAUGAGGAAUUCGGUGAGAUGUAGGGGUAUAUUCAUGUCCCAGAACUUCAGAUUUUCUAACUGAAGUUCUUUGCUUCCUUCUGGAUGGAGACUGGCUUCUUCUAACUUUUAUAUCUGUUGGUACAGCAUGAGCCUAACUUUAAUUUGUAUGUUGGCAAAGCUUUGUACGGUUGUUAGGUGUUUCAGACCAGACAAACUUUCAUUUGUUUUUUUUUUUAAUGUAAAUAAGCCAUGUAAUUGAACGCGAUCUUUUAAUUAAUAAUAUUCCUAAAAACUUGAUAAA